CGUGUGCAGCAGAUGCUAGAAUGGCUAUGGGACGUUGCCGCAAGCCCAAUUCUAGAUGCCUUGGGCCUCAAACAGACUCCCUCCAACGACAACUGGCCCCAUAUUUGGUGGAUCCCUACGGGACAGCUCAGCCAGCUGCCCUUCCAUGCCGCUGGUCGGCACUCCAAAUCUUCAACCGACACUGUACUAGACAGAGCAAUGUCAUCCUAUAGCUCGUCUAUCAAGGCUUUGGUUUGCGGACGACGAAACCAGGGCCAAAAUACUGGACAACAAACGUCACAGGACGCCGUACUUGUCACUGUACCAGGGUCAGGUCUUUGUUUUGCUGGUCGUGAAGUGGGGAUGCUAGAAGACAUGCGUCCAAGUCUGAACCUAAAGCCCACAAAUCCUGCUCCAAAACGGGAAGAGAUCCUUGCCCAUCUACGUACAAACAAGAUCUUUCAUUUCGCUGGUCACGGAUACUCGAAUCCCCUUGAACCUUCGGAGAGCUGUCUGGUUCUGAGCAAAGACGAAGUUCCCAUCACAGUGGCUGAUCUUCGCGACUGCAGGCUCCAAGAGAGCUCCCCGUUUCUUGCUUAUCUGUCCGCCUGCUCGACCAAGGUGAAUCAAGCAGAAAGACUUGUGGAUGAAGAAAUCCAUCUUGUCAGUGCCUGCCAACUCGCUGGUUUCCGCCAUGUUGUGGGAACGCUUAGGGAAGUAUUGGACAAGCACUGUGUCGAUGUAGCGAGAGUCUAG